CAAGCAUAUAAUACUCAUGAUGAAGAGACAGAGACAAAACGAAGAAAAAGAGAGCAUAGAUUUAGCAACAAAUCUAAUGCUACUCUCUUCUCAUCGUACCCAAAAAAACAAAAAAACAUUAUUUUCUCAAUUAGUUGAGUUUGAGUGCAAAACAUGUAACCGCAAAUUUUCAUCUUUUCAAGCACUAGGUGGUCACAGGGCAAGUCACAAGAAGCUGAAAAUCGAUUCAGAAGAAGCAAAGAAAGUGAAUAUUAAUAACAAUAAGCCCAAAAUGCAUGAGUGUUCAAUUUGUGGACAAGAAUUCAAAUUGGGUCAAGCUUUGGGUGGACACAUGAGAAGACAUAGAAUUAAUAAUGAAGGAUCUUCAAUAAAUUAUCAAGUGAUUACAAAAUCUUCUCCUGUUUUGAAAAGAUCGAAUAGUAAGAGGAUUAUUAUGUGCUUGGAAUUGGACUUGAAUUUGACACCUUUGGAAAAUGAUUUGAAGUUGUUGUUUGGAAAUAAGGCACCUAGAGUAGAUCUUUCGUUGUUCUGAUUUUAUUUUCACCAAAUUUUUGAA